AUGGCCACGCCACCAUCCUGGCUGACUAGGAAGAAGUUUCCCUUCAAGGUGAGAAAAUGGAUGGCAUUUGGAUGCUUCCAAUCACUGGAAGUAUCCUCUCCCAGUAUUCGCCAGAAGAAACUAAUCCACAAGUUGCAGGAAGAAAAGGCUUUUCGGGAAGAGAUGAAAAUCUUCCGUGAGGAAAUAAAAUACUUCAGGGAAGAGAUGUGGAGUUUCCGAAUCAAGAUGCAUAUUUUCCGGGACCAGAUCCUGGGUUUAUGGGAAGAGGAGAGACCUCUAUGGGAAGAGGAAAAAAUCCUCUGGAAAGAGGAAAAAGCCUUCUGGGACUUGGAAAAAUCUUUCCAGGAAUUACAGAAAACUUUUUGGAAAAAAUACCAUACCUUCUGGAAGAAGGAUAAGGCCUUCUGGAAAGAGGAUAAUGCCUUACGGGAAAGAAACCAGAAACUUCUUCAGGAGGACAAGGCCCUGUGGGAGGAAGAAAAGGCCGUGUGGCUAGAGGAAAAAGCCCUCCUUGAGGAGGAGAAGGCUCUGUGGGAGGAUAAGAAGUCCCUCUGGGAGGAAGAGUAUGCCCUCUGGGAGGAAGUGAAAGCAUUCUGGGUAGAAGAUGAUGACUGGAUUGCUGAGGAACUGAUGUUCGAAGACAGGGUCUACGACGCCCACGCCGAUGGAGGGCAGACAUCGCUAGGCUUCUCCCGAGGCCAGGCAUAG